AUGUCUCUCCAACGUCUCGGUUUUGCUGCCUGUGCUCUGUUUCUCGGAGCUAGAGCGAUUGACACCAUUACCGUCCCGGAUGUCAUCACCGCCGAUGUUCCCUUUACCUUGACCGUAACUCCUAAGGAUGAUACUCCCGGAAACUACAGAAUCUAUCUGGAUACCACGCCUUCAGGCUAUGCUGGCGGCCAAUCAUGCUACCUCAAAAACAUGACCUCCACAGACAUCACCACCCUAAACCUCACCAUCCCCGCCAACUUCGGUCCCUCGGGCGACUUCUACUCCAUCUCAACGCGCGACCUCUCCGACACCGACACAGCAGCUUCCUACAUCUUCAGCAACGCCUUUAACCUCACAGGCGCAACUGGAAACUACUCUGCCUAUGAGAACAAGCUCAACGGCGCGCCUCUCUGGGAUGCCAAUGCACUUCCUUGCGAUGCGUAUGACUGCGCAAGAAACUGCGCUCAGAGCGGUUUCCCCAAGGACAUGAUUGCUGGUUCUGAUGCGAGUAACACUAUGCGUGCUUGUAUUUUGAAGUGUCCGGGUGUGGAGAAAGAGACCAAGACCACAUCUGCAUCGUCGAGCUCAGCUACUAGCUCGAACACUGGUUCUUCGUCGAAGUCUGGCGCUGAGGCUACUGGGACUUCGAUUUCCGGAGACGCUUCUUCGGCUUCUGGGUCUGGGUCUGGUGCUGCUGCUGCUACUUCUUCUGGCGCUGCUGUUUCGAAUGCGGUCCCUGCUUCUUUGGCUGUUGCUGGCGGCAUUCUUGCUUUCUUCUUGUGA